AUGAGGACAGCAGCGAGAGCUUUGAGCCCCAGCUCCUGGCCAGAGACACGACGUCAGGCCAGGAAGAAUGAGGCGGCAGCUGGGGUCUCACAGAUAUCCAGGGCAGAGAGGGAGGGUGACAGGAAGUGCCCCCACUCCAUCCUGAGACACCCACCACAGCGCCAAAGCCCAGGAGCCCAGCCACAGAGGACUGCGAGGCGCGUGAGGUUCCGAGAGCCCCCGGAGGAGGCCAUCCACUACAUCGCCGGCAGGGAUACCACAGCCAUGGCCACCGCCCAGGCACCCGGCAGGCCUGCACCCUGUGGCUCCCUGCUCCUGCAGCUAUCUGUGUGCAUCCUGCUCACCGUGGCUCUGGGCCUAUACUGCAGCCAGGCCAAGCCCAUGGCAAUGGCCCUGGAGGACCUCCAGGCCUGGCUCCUCAUUCUGCUCCCACGCCUGCAGCAUGCGGCCCUCACCUGUUGGCGCUGCCUCCUACAGCUCUGA